AUGCAUCCCGAGGACGUUAAAUCGAAAGCCUUCGUAUUGGAAUCGGUGCAGGAUACAGGUUUUGGAACGGGACAACCAUACCUCAACCACCAGCAACAGCAGCAGCAACUGUACCAGCAGGCCUUCCAGGAGCAACAACAUUUGCAUCCGCAGCAGCAACAGCAGCAGCAGUCACUGUACCACCAACAGCAGCAGCAGCAACAACAACAACAUUACCACCAACAACAACAACAACAUCAACAGCAUUAUCAACAACAGCAGCAACAUUUCGUCCGUCAGACGGCGGCUUGCAUGUCGGUGCCUGCGGAGGCAGCGAAAUACGGAAACGCCGCAGCAAUCCGCAGCCAGCUGCCGCAGAUGGAAUGGGGCGACAAUUUGACACAGGUGGCAUCGGAUCGCGGGGUUGGGGUUGGCGUGGUUGUGGGUGGUUCGCCGCUUACCUGUCCGCCGACCGUGCUAAACUCGGCCGCUUCCAGUUCGCCGAUGGAUCUGGGUGGCCAUAGCCACCUUCAUCAGCAGCAGCAGGUGGACGUUGUUGUCGGUACCGCGGGCACUGGGUUCGUGCACGGGACACUUCCCUUCGCCGCCGUGCUCGGUGGUGCGGAACAGCGGCGCACGUCCGUGGUGCACGGAGUGCAGCAGCAGCAGCAACACCUAGUCCCGACGCCAAAUCAGUAUUCGACGUUCCAUGAUCAGCUGUCCUAUGGCGGUGGCGGCGGCGGUGGUGGUUCUGGGGGCCAGGGCCAGACUACCCAGGCGCACUUUGGCGUCGAACCGGGAGGAUACGGGACGGUGCAGAGUAUGGUGCAGGGUAGCCCGAUCGGAAGCGGGGCGGCCGGUGCUGUCAUACGCACGAGCCCGAAUGCCUGCUCUCCACCGGGUGGCGCUGCUGUUGGUGGUGUUGUGGCUCUGGGGGCCACAGCUUACGGGCGCAUGGAACCGCUGCCACCCCAUCGAACCACGCCGACACAUGUCGCAUCUUUUAUGGGGACUGGUUCCCCCGGUGGAGGCAUGCGAUUGAACGAUAUGGCGGCGACGACGAUGCAAACCGGAAGCCCUGGGACGUCACUCCUGCCGCAGCGUGCCGGAGCACCGCUGGUCGUGCACAGUGAGUUCGUUUCGCCCUCGCGCCCUGCAUCGUUCCCAUCGUCCGUCUCGUUGCCCACCUCGAGCCCUCACAAUAUGACGAUCGUUGCAAACGAUCCCCUGAAGGGGGCCGCGACCCCCUCACUGUACGGUGGUCCGAUCGAUGUUUCGCUUGAAUCAGAAUUUACGAUUCCGAAAGUGGAGGCUAGCACCGGCCGCAACAGCCAACAGCAGCAGCAACAACAGCAGCAGCAACAGCAACAACAGCAGCAUCAACAGCAGCAACAGCAGCAUGGAUUGUCGCUUCCUCUCACCGAACCGUCGAUACAUUCGACAGAGCGGUCCAACAGUGUGCGGCAGGCGGACGACGACGAGGGCGAACAUGCCUCGGAGGACGAGGAUGGCUCGGAGGUCGACUCCGAACCGCUGGAAGAAGUGAUGCCCAUUGAUCCGCUUGCACCGGUUAAACCGGAAGCACUGGAUGAUUGUUCCCUAGUGAAGGGAGGCCAGCAGGACACGGUGUCCGAGCACCCGGGACCGAUGUCGUCACUAGGUGGCGGAGGCGGUGGCGGCGAGCUGGUGGCCCCUCCGAAACGUCCGGUAAAACAUGUGCGCUUUGUUGAACCGGCCGAAGAAAACUCAUUCGACGGGAUGGCGAAUCGUUCGCGGGGAACGGUGUCACCCCAUCCCCUCGGUAUCCGCGGGGGCGGUAGCCAGCGGGAGGACGAGGACGACGAGGAAAUGGAUCAUCUUUCGUUGAUGGAAAAUCUGCCGCCAGUCGAAAGUUUGCUGGUGGAAAUGGAUGGACCGCUCGACGAUGAAGCCGAGGACGACGAUGAUGAUGAAGACGAUGAUGAUGGUGAUGACGAUGACGAUGAUGACUAUGACUACGAGUGUGACCAGGGCAAACGUUCGCGUAAGCGGCGCACCCCGUCAGGCAGAGGCCGUCCCGGCCGUCAUCCCGCUUCAUCGCGCCGCACGAAGAACGAUGAGUCGAUCGAACUGGAGCUAGUGGAUCCUAUGGUUCCGGUGGUGGUCGAGAUGGGUGAGGGCGGAGAGAAGGCUCAGGACGGCCGGCUGUCCCCGGUGGCCCACGUUUGUCGCGUGUGCUUGUGCGAGGAAAAGGAGGGAGACUCCGUUCGGGUACUGGAAUCGCUCUAUUGUACGGUGGUGCCGGAGUAUCAAUCGCGUACCCUCUACUCGAUACUGGUGGCCAUCUGCCAUCCGCUCAUGCUCGGCAGCAAUGCCGGUAUGCCGGACCAGAUCUGCGGGACGUGCAAGGCGAAACUGUUGGCCGCGUACGAACUGUACGAUACCUGUUUGCGCAACGACGAGAUGCUGCGCCGGAAGUACCAGCAAAAGCUGCUCAUUGCUUCCGGGACAACGCGGCGCAUCAAAAAGGAAACGCUCGACAAUCGGAACGGCGGUGACCAAGAUGAUGGCUACGAUCACGACGGAGUGAAUAUGCUUUUCUACGGAGAUUCCUCCAAACGCCCGGCAUUCAUGAAGGAUCACGCCAGCUUUAUGAUGGAUAAGCAGUAUCCGCUCACAAACGCGUACGCCAUGGGGCGUAAGCUGCACUCGGGACGAUCGGCCGCGGUUUACCCGCAGCAACAGGCGGCCCCUAAGAAGUGGACCAAGUAUCCCCGGAGUCAACUGAAGUACCCGAAUGUAGCGAACGGACCGGACGGGAUGCUGCAACACCUGAACAGUGACGGAAGCCGCGCGCAACCGACUGCUGGCGGCAAGCAGACUGCUGCGAGUCGAUCGGCAGCCACCUUCUACGACUACAAUUCGUUCCACCGGUACAUGCCGAACGGAGCACACCAGUGCACAAAGUGUUUGCGCGAGUUCAAGUACCACAGCUACUUCAAGAACCAUUUCAUCAGCCAGCACGAUCCGACCAAGCCGUACAAGUGUCGCAAGUGUCACUACACGUUCCGUAACGAGCGUUGGCUGAUCGUGCACAUGCGUUCGCACGUCUGUGCGAAUGCUCUCAUAUCGAUGACGGAGGGAACUGGUGGUUUCGAGGACAAUGCGACCGGCACCGAUGACCUGCUAGAGGAAUCCUCUCCCCGGCCGACUGGCGGAGCAGACGGAGAGUUUGCAUGUAAUCGGUGCGACAAAGCGUUCCCCAUCUUCGACCUUCUCAAGCGCCACAUUUUUGAGGAGCAUAUGAGUCCGCAGACUCGUCGUAACACGCUCCAGUGUCCUUACUGUCAAAGCCACUUCACCCAGCAGACCAGCUUCUUGCGGCACCUGAAACAACACAGCAAAGAAAAGGCGGCUGCGGCCGCUGGCAGAGGUUCGAUUGUGGCUACGCAGCUAAAGUAGGACGACGUCAUGGGGCCCGGAGGGGGAAAGCUGGGUGGGCAGCGGCGAGAGCACGUUUGUUCGGUUUGUUCGGCAUCGUUUGCCCGGGAGAGCGGGCUAAACGGUCACAUGGCGGAAAAGCACGCGGAUGUGUUGCUGGCGGCGAAUAGUGCGCUAGUGUUCGUUUGUCAUGUCUGUUCGGCCGCCUUUCCUGACCGUUCCGUAUUGCAAGAACAUGCCGAAACGCACAGCGACGCGGAACGAUCGGAAGCGGCGGCCACUAUAGCUGCCGAACGGCUUGAAAGUGAUGUAAAGAGAGAAAACGCACCCAAGACUUCAUCAGCAGUGCGGCAAAUCGCAGACGACGGGAAAGGUGAUGGCGACGGCGAUGAUGAUGAGGAUCGGCUUUCCGAGAAGGGGAUCAAACGAGAGAGUGGUCACGACAGUGACCAGGAGGACACUAAGGCACACGCAUCGGAUGUUGGCAAAUCUUGCUCUGCGAGCAAUGAGGGCGACCGAAAGGAUGGAAGCUUGAUGAAGGGCGAGUUUGCAGACCUCCCAGAGGUGUUCUCCGUGUUUUAUAAGUGUAAACUGUGUUUGACUCAGUUUGCGAGAAAGGAUCUUCUGGCCACACACAUGGAAACACACCUCGCCGCUAUGAAGCGAGUCAGCUUCAAGCGAUCGUACUCCGAAACCGAUGGCGGAGAUCGUUUGCUGGGUGCCGUUGACGACGAUGACGAAAGUGGUGAUGACGAAGAGGACGACGAUGAGACGGAGAGUGGCGGGGUGGCCGGCGGCAGUGGACGACAGCAGGCGCGUCAAGGUAACGGCAGCACCGUGGACGAUGAAGGCGAAGAGGAUGAAGGCGAAGGGGAUGGAGACGAUGACGACGCGGAGAAUACGAUCGACCCGGAAGAGAUCUCCUUCAAUCAGGACACCGGCGAGCAGGUGUUCAUGUGCAAGGUGUGUAACAAGGUGGUCGGUACGGUUUCGCAGUUUCGGCGCCACAAGCGCGUCCACUCGACGAAAGGACGCCCGUUCGAGUGUAAUAUUUGUUUCUAUCGCUUCGCGAUGAAAUACAGUUACACCGCGCACAUGCUGCGUCACGAGAUGGGUUGUGAUCCGACGCAGCCGACUCGCUACCGGUGCUCAAAGUGCCAGGAAUCGUUCACACGGCGCAAACUCUUGAACCAGCAUGUGGUGAGCGCACACGGUGGCAGGCGCAUGAAAUCAUCAGCCGCAACCGCAACUGGCCGAUGGUCAAUGAUGUCGAUGGCGGGUGUGCUGGAAGGUGGCGGAGCCAACGCGGCCGCAGGACCGGACAUUACCGCUAGCAGUGGGCGAGGUGGCCAUACCUGCCCGAUCUGUUCGGAAACAUUCACACGCGAGAGUGUGCUCAAUGGGCACAUGAAGACGCACACGCUGGAGGCGGCUCAGAUGGCCCACUCGGAAGUGUGCUAUCUGUGCCGCGUAUGCAGCAGUGAGUUUGAGUCGCGCGCCCAAUACGUAGCGCACGCCGCCGAAGCUCACCCCGGUACGACGACGGAGAUGACGACGGAAUCUGCCGAUGGGUCGUCUUCGGCGAUCGGUGCGGACGAGUUGCUAAACGAAACCGCCGAUUCUUCCGCGUCCCUUGGUGGCGGUGUAGAUGGCGGUACCGAGGACACUGCUAUGGGCGGGUCCCCCAAUGUAUCGUCGCCCUCGUUAACGAUGCCGGCAAUCGGUGGCAACGGUGGAGGCUGCACCUUGAUCUAUAAAUGCAAGCUUUGCUCAGGGCGCUUCAUGAAGAAAAAGUCCCUCGACUGGCAUUUGAAAACGCAUCGAUCAAUCGUACAGCAAGGGGAUGGAGUGGCCAUACUGCCCGAUAACGGACCGGACGUCGACCAAUCGAAGAUCUUCAAGUGUCCCGUUUGCCCGCAGAUGUUUGACAAUGAGGUGAUCUACAGCGAACACGCGCGAACCCACCAGCGCGGUCGCCCUUCACGUGCUACUCAAUCCCUCCCACCUGCCGGAUACACACCACCGCCCACGAAGCGCAAGCGCUCGUCCUGGGGAGGCAUCAUCCAGUGUCAUUUGUGUAAGAAAACGUUCACCUACCGCAGCCAGUUGCACCAGCACACGGUUCUUCACCACCAGCCCGGCAAGCCGUACGAGUGUAAAAAGUGCCACUACAGCUUCGUUCACGAACUGAACCUGAAGCGUCACGAGUUGACCCACCUGCACGAUAAACCGGAACCGGAGGCCGCGUCAGCGUCGUCGACCGGUCGACCAGACGUGAACGAGAUGGCGAUGCUUGAUCAGGACGAUCGUGAUGAUCAGCUGGUAGAAGAUAACUCCCACCUACUGCAGCCGCUGGUGUUGCUCGACGGCCCAGAAGACGAGCCGGCGGGUGGACGGGGCGGUGUAGGAGACGUCGAUAGCAGUAGCCACGAUACGGCCGGCUCAUCCGCCAACGAUGCCCGGACGUGGGGGGCGAAGAAGAAAGUGAAAUGCGUUAUCUGUGCUGCCGUAUUCACCAACCAGAACGAGCUCGUCGUCCACCUGCAGACGCACAUCGAGCGGAUUAACGAUGUACGGAAACGAAGUGCCCCACCGAUCGUGAUGCCGCCAGACACUGGCUACACGGCGAACGAUCGGCAGUGUAAGCUGUGCCACAAGGUGUUUAAAUUCAGCUGCCUGCUAAAGCAGCACCAUCAGCUGCACCAUGCCCGAGAAAAGCCGUUCGAAUGUCGCACCUGCCACUACCGGUUCGAGUACAAGGGCCACCUAGUGCGCCACCGGGCCAAUCAUCACCCGAACGAACCGAAAGACUUCGAAGCAGGCGGACCGGGGGCAUUCGUCACGUCGACACCAAACCGUGCGUCGCCAGUCGGUUCCGGGCGACGGUCGGCCGCGACAGCGGCGGCGGUGGCUGCUGCAGCCGCCGCCGCGGCAACCGCUGCAAUGCUGGCCGACGAUGGAACUAUGGGCACGGUCCCCAAGUACGGCGGAAUGGUGACGGACGAGGUGAUCAUUGCGCCGACGACGACGACGUCGUCGUCGCGAUCGGAGACCGGAGUCCCGACGCACCAGUGUCCGAUGUGUUCUUUGAAGUUCAUCAAGGCACGAUCACUGGCGAUGCACAUGCGGAUACACCUGGGUGGCCGGAAGCUGCGGCGAGUGAUUCCGGCGACGGCAGCCCCCGUGGUAGCGCCCAUUGUGACGGGUGGUGGAGGCGACCAACGUGAAGCGCUUGUGUGCCGCAUCUGUUCCGGAGCGUUCCCGACUACGCAUGAGCUGAAGACGCACAUGAUGACGCAUCUGGGCAGCGAGGCGAUGGACCUGGAAGUACCGUUCGGAAUUAGUGCGUUCAACAUGCUGCACGAGGACAUGUUUAACGAUUCACUCGACCAUCACGGUGCCGGUUCCUCCAGUGGCGCUGGUGGCAGCGGUGCCGGUAGUGCGGCUGGUGCCAGUGCUGGUAAUGGGGGAGCAGGUGAAGAACACAGUAGCAGUGUCGGUGGUGAAGGUGGUAGCAGUCGGGCAGCGGAUGGCGGCAGCUCCGAUGGCGACUAUCAGCAGGAAGGCGACGAUGCAAGCGGAGGCGGCGAUCCGCUCUUCGAUGGUUCGAACCUAGAGCUAGUGCUGGAAGAUAACAUCUUCGAUAAAGAUUUUAACAUGCGCUAUCAGCAACGGCAGCAGCAACAGCAGCAGCAACAGGUUCAGCAACAGCAGCAACAACGGCGCCUGAAAGGUCACAAUGCCACCGGCGAGGAAGAUGAUGAGGGUGAUGACGAUGACGAUGAUGACGAAAACGAGGACGAUGCAACCGAUGCAAAUGAUGUGGACGGUGCAGAAGACGACGAUGAGGAAGGUGAACAGUCCUCCGCUUCGAUUGCAAGCUUCCGGCGCACCAUGAAUAUGAAUAUGAUGGAACGCGGAACGCCUCACAGUAGCCGUGCGCGACAUUCUGCUCGUUCCACCUCGCUCGGACGGCCGCAAGGAUCAGCGUCUUCCAGCAAGAGCAAGAUUCAAUGCGAGCUGUGCAAGAAGGAGUUUCUCUAUCCCUGCAAUCUCAACCAGCACAUGCAGCUGCACCACUCGAAGGACAAACCGCACGAGUGUCGGGUCUGUCACUAUCGCUUCGAGUACAGCGGGCACCUGCAACGACACAUCCGCCAGCAACACGAGGCGCUAGCCGAGGAGCUGCUGGAGCCGGUCGAACCACAAUCGUUCGAUUGCAACUUCUGUGGUACUUCGUACGAUACGAGAGCUCUUCUGACAGCCCACGUUCAAUCACAACACAAGGGAGAGAAACCGUUCCAGUGCGACCAGUGUCCGGCUACGUUUAGCUACAAGAAAUCCUACGAAACCCAUCGAGAGGAACAUCAUUUGAAGGCUAACAAUGGAGCCUUCAAGUGUAGUUUCUGCAAGAAAACCUUUAACAGCGCACAAAAGGUAGACAACCAUGUUUGCAUUCAAUAGUGACAACUGCAACCGAAACACCAUUACGCAACCGUAAGGAUGAACGCACGACGAGGCGCGAUGGGGAGCUUGCUGUCUGUGGUACCACCUGACAUAGUACCAGCUUCCGAGCAGCUUCGCCGAACAGUAACAAACUUCACACAUCACAAACACAUGCAGCUAAAAGUAACCUUUUUCCAGGACAACUUGUGCAGAAACAAUGUGUAAGUGUAAUCGUAAUGGUUAAUGAACAAACAAACUAUUGAUAAGUAAGACACACACGUAGCGUGUUGAAGCACGUAACGUUGCGGAGUAAGAGACAAACUAGCAACAACUAACAUACAGUAAGCGAACAAGUAAAACAAGAAGUAAAACAACAUUUGCAGGAAUACAAAUCGCCUAAAUAUAAUACUGUCCAGCACAGGAGGGAGGGAAAGUAGGGACAACGAUAGAUCAAUACACUUAGGGUUUAGUGAAGUAAUCGAAUCAAAAUCACACAUAACAGCUUAACAAACACGUACACACACAAACACGCAGAUUGCGAAACUCAGUUAGAAACGGAAACAACAAGCCACCGUCGCGGGUGCGCGGGCAUAGUACAGAGUAACUUAUAGAAAUAUUCGCAAUAUAUACAGUAUGGUAAAAAGUGAAAAGUCAAAAACAAUGAUAACAAAAACAGAACAACAGUAAACCAACAACAAAGCAAGUAGUAGUUCAAAUUGUUUAAAAAAUAUACUUACACUCUAGCGUAAUGUUGAAUACGAACGUGUGCAAGUUCAAACGUGUAAUUUAACCGUACUUUUGGUUUGUUUUGAUUUAGAGACUAGGUCAGAGGGGUCAGACAUCACCGAUAGGCUAUACAAUGAAAGUAAGAAACAAUAGAGCGAUAUAAAGAGAUAAAUAACUAGCGUAAGACACAGUAGACAGCACUACGAGUCGUUGUCGUGUAGUGUUAAACCCGCACCUCGUUCUCCCCGAUUGGAAGUUGCAUUUUUCCUAGCUCCACUUUCUCUAUCUCUCUCUCUCUCUUUCUCUCUCUGCAUUAUGCUGGAGAAUUUUCUCUCUACUUUGACUGAUAAUAGGAAGGGAAAGAGUAUUCAUUUGACGCCUUGCUUCACAAGUUAAUUAGUUCUCAUUUGCCCAACCUGUACGCGGGUAGAGGAAUGGCGAGAGUGUGCGGAUGAAGCGAAGGGAGACCAAGAAUGGGGAAAACUGUAUUCCCUGCACGGGCAGUGGUUGGAAAGGAUAACCUAAUUGGCAACGUAACGUAAUAUAUAUUUUUUUAAAUCAUAUGUUGUUGGAUAUAAGCUGCCUCCUGCUUCUAGUGAUUAUUGUAUGCAUAUUGUAAUUGUAACCUUUUUUAAUACUUUUUAUCUUGAUGUUUAUCACUCGCUGAAACACAAGCUUCACAAGCAAAUCAUUUUAUUAGUAGAAAGACAGCGGCUUUUGAGGGAUUAAAAAAGAGAUAACUGAAGAGAUUAAUGUACACAUACUUUUAUUGCUUGUUCUUUUUUAUUAUUGUUCCACACCUAUUUGAAUAGUUCUCGAUGGUCUCGCAUUGUAUACACACCACUACACGCAUACACAUAUAUACACACACACCCACACUCAUGGAUAUACGAGACCGUUGUUUGCUUAUGUUUGUGAUUUUAAUGGUCAAUUUGGUUUGCAUGCGCAGUGUGCAGUAAUAAAUACAAAUGAUGCAAAGUAGGGCAAAACAUAAGCUAAAUCCUAAAUAAUAUAAUCUAGCACAUAACAAUAGCCCGUAGUGGCACCAAUUGGCAGCAUUAACAUGAGUUUGCUUUCACAGGAAACCCGUAACGGAAUACAGCAACAAUAGUCAAGCUGACAACAGCAACACGACAAAACCAGAACACUUCAAACAAUAACAGCAUAACACGCAAAAGAAAAUCAUAAGCAUCAUUAAUUUAUUAUUAUAUUUAUUGUAAUUACUAUGAGAUAUUUAACCAACAUCCCAUCCGCCGCAUUGGACAGACAAACAAAUGGCUAACGACCGUAAGAAGUGCAGUUGUAGUUGGAAAAUCAUAGCAAAAAAAAACAAAAACAAAAUCAUUACAACAAAUGAAGAACAAAUGAUUCAAACGUGUUAAAGAGAAUGCAAAUGUAGUGAAACACAGUGCUAGUGGUCUGUCGAA